CUCAGACGAACCAACAUGUUGCGUCUUCCUUUGUUGAUUGUGUCCCUUCCAAAUUCAUUGACUGAUAUUUAUUUACAGUGUACACGAUACCCUCCCCCGUCCGUACCUCCCAGGCUUGGUCAGCCCUCUCCCUCUCCCAGCCCAGAUCUUUGCUCCUAUUAUCGCGUGGUCAAUCCAUCAAUUUCAGCCUCGAUAUUUCUGCCUGACCCCAUGAAUGUACUUCCUGAGCUAAGGAUCGGCUCGGGUCACAAGUCAGCAUAAUCGUUCCUGUACGUUAGGCGGAGCAGACCUUUUCAAAGUACCGGUGUAUCAAACAUUAUGUAUGCGAACAUCUGGCCAUUAGUAA